CUGCUAUCUAGGUAACAACCUGUCGACCAUACCACCCUGCCCAGCUCGCGCCCCGGAGAGGUCACUCUAGCUUCGCCUCUCAGUGUGGAAACAACACGGGAAGCACAUGAUUCACUGUUAGGAACACCCUGCUGAAGAUGGUUGAACCAGGAAAUAAGGGAUCCGAACGCCUGAUGACAGUGCCCAUGCUCCCACUCUUACAUCCACAGCAGAAGCAAAGAACAAGUCUUAUACCAACAUCAGCAACGUCACCAAGAAAAUACCCCCAAGGAACACUUCAUCAUUCUGGGUGAUUUCAAUGCCUGAGUGAGUGCCGAUCACGACUCAUGGCCUUCCUGUCUUGGACACUUUGGAGUUGGCAAGAUCAAUGAAAAUGGGCAGCGCAACACAAGGUGUCAUGGCGCCAUCCCUGCUCAAAGCAUUUGCAUCAGCUGGAAUACUGCAAUACUGACCACUCUCUCGUCUGCUGCAAGAUCAGGCUCCAUCCUAAGAAACUCCACAGCUCCAAACAGAAAAGCAAACAUCGCAUCAAUACCACCAGCAUACAGCUUCCAGAGAAUGUUGAAGUCCCUCCAAGAAGCUCUGUCUGUCGCACACCAGCACUGCUCUACCUCUGAGAAAUGGGACCACCUCCGGGAGGCCUUUCAGAAAACAACCUUUGCAACCUUUGGGAAAAAGACCUCUAAGGACAACGACUGUUUUGAUGCCAAGUCCAGCAA